AUGGAAGGCCUGUUUACCUGCUUGAGAUGUGCGAGAGCACUCUCAGGCGUAGCUCGACAGCGCCCGAAUGCGAGAUUCGUCCAGCAGAUCCCCAGUCGUCGUAGCUUCACCUCCAGUACCUCGUUGAAGCACACGCCACGCGAUCAAUCGCGAACGGAGCAGACCCGGAGCUCUAAAAGGUCGAUCCGGUCUGCGUCUACCGCCACGGCUCCUGCAGAAGAGCCAGAUAACUUCGAGCGACACAAUAUCCCCCCUACCGAUUACGGCGAGUGGCGUGCUCAUGGCCGAGUUGUGCUGGGACGCGGCAACCUCUUCCACCCCUUCUCCAAGUCGCCAAUUCCGGAGAUCCGGCAAAGAGCGCGGUUCAUGAAGCAGCAUGCAUUGUGUCCACACCCUGUGCAUCAACAAACCCGCGUGCCAAUUUCACCGCACGAUCCGGAAGCGAGGAAAAUCGAGGGUGUGAGCACGGAACCCCCAGCGCACGUUUCAUUUGAAUGCCCAGAUUGCGGCAUAGCGACAUACUGCUCGGAGGAACAUUGGGCGGACGACUUUGAGGCACAUCUAGAAAUAUGCGAUACGCUGAGACAAAUCAAUGAGGACGAUCACGAUCUAAGAUCGGGAAGAUGGUUUCCCGAAUUCGAAUAUCCUGGGCCUCAAAUGGAUGAAGCUUUGGUGAACAUGACCAAUUGGGAUACAUAUCUCUAUACGCGGCAGUUUGAAGCCGUCAAUGAUGAGAGAAGCAUGCGACAAGUCACCAAAUUGUUGACGUACCCUCUCACAAUAGGGAGUGUUUUGCAUGAGCUGAGCCCAUACAAUAUCAGGCCCGGUGGGCGGUUAACUGCAGAAGGGCUGAAGAGUUUGUCAGCUCUAAGAUAUACUCUGCAUCCGCCGAAGACGGGCCAAGGCAAAGACAUCAAAGGUCUCAGGCUGUCGAGUCCCCCAGUCCGGAUAUUCGUCCUAGGUGCACGAGCCGAGUCGUCUCUACCCCGUGAGGUGUGGACGCAGUUGUCCUACCUUUUCCCUCUCUCCCUGAUUCAUCUCAUCUUCAUCGGACCCGAGUCAAUGAUGAAUCGGGACGCAGAAUUUCCUCUACCAGAGAGAACGGCCCAGAAUCCAUUUGGUGCCAUCAUCGAGGACCGUGUGUCGCCAAAGAUGAAAAUCACUACCUACGUGGACUAUUUCCACACUUUGCAUGAAGCGAACGCGUUUUAUCCCUACGACCCUUAUUUCGAUUGCUUCAUGUUGUUCCACCCUGGCUUAGGGCACCCGGCGUCUUCACUCGAGUGGGAAAGCACCUUGCCGCGACUGCUCGAGACCAAAAUCCCUGUGUUAUGCACAGGAUAUACGGAAUGGGACAUGACGCGCGACUGGCAAUGGGUCAUGGAGAAAUGUGCAGGCGAAGUCGACUUGCUAAUGGAACCUGGGGAGAAUAGGUUCCGGUCUCUCAGAUGGGACUUGAAUGACCUUGACCCUCAGGACAUUAGCUGUGGGAACUGGGGCGUAUGGGCUUUCAGAGGCAAGAGGUACGAAGCAACUCGCCGUGACCAGACUUGA